GGCGAGAAUGUCCAACCAGCAGGGGAUCGAUCGGCUGUUGCAGGCGGAGCAGGAAGCGACGGAGACCGUGCAGCGAGCGAGGAAGGCCAAGGCCGCUCGUAUCAAGCAGGCCCGCGAUGAGGCAGCGGAGGAGAUUAACAAGUACAGACAGCAGCUAGAGAUGGAGUACCAGAAGGUUCAGUCAUCGGGGAUGACCAUCUCCGACAAGUCUGCUCGCUUGAACCAGGAGACUGAGGGGCAGCUCAUGGAGAUCCGCAGGAGUGCCGAGGCGAAUCGCGUCAACGUCGUGCGUCAGAUCCUGGCGUGGGUCUCGUCGGUAGAUACGAACCCUCCCAAGUAGAUGCGAGUGAGGGAUGAAAGCCGGGCGGGCCUUGGGACGGAAUAAACCUUGGCUAUAGCGUU